AUGCGCUCUGGUCGUGCAGCUUGGAUUGGGUUAAAUACAGCCUCAUAUAUAUGUGAAUUGGUAUUUUUGGGUUUGGCAAUUGCAGUGCAAAUAUCACCCGAUUGGGCUGUUUACGAUGUUUCAUACAUUGGUGUCGUCAAUGAUUAUAAUCAAUUAAGUCGCUCUCGUGGAUUAUGGAAGCAAUGUAUUACUAAUCAAAUAGUAAGUUCACCAUACAAUGGUCAAUGUUAUGCUCUGGAAAGUAGUACAGAAUCCGGCAGCUACAAUGGUAAUGUUCAACCAAUAUUAUGUUUAAUUUAUUUCAUCAGUCUUCUAAUAUAUUACGAAGAUAUGACACAAGAAAAUUAUCGACUAGAUACUAAGCUGACAUCAGCCAGAUCUGCAUGGACAACGAUUGUUCGUGAUAAUACGGUAUAUUCACCUGGUGGUAUGAUACCAAUGGCUUGGUCAGCUUGUAUACUUAUUUAUGCUGGUAGUAUUUUACAACUGAUAGCAAGUACUCUACAGCAACCUCCAGUUCGAGAGGGGUAUGGAUUGUAA